AUGGCAAAAGUCCUCGGUAUCUCAAGAGAUGCGACCAAAUCUGAAGUUAAAAAGGCAUAUCACAAGGCAGCCUUACAACACCAUCCCGACAAGGUGGCAGUAGAACAUCGAGAAGAAUCCGAGUUAAAGUUUAAGGCUGUUAGUCAAGCAUAUGAAAUUUUACACGAUGAGGAGAAACGACACAUGUACGAUACGCAUGGCAUGGCAGCCUUCGAUUCUAGUCGAGGAGGCCCUGGUGGUGCUGGUGUAGAUCUCGAUGAUAUUCUUGCACAGAUGUUUGGUAUGGGGGGCGGUGGUAUGCCAGGCGGUAUGCCCGGAUUUGGGGGCGAGGGUGGAAUGCCUAGACGGCCACGAAGAGGCCGCGAUGAAGAGCAAAAGUAUCAAGUCACUUUAGAGGAACUUUAUAAGGGAAAGACCGUAAAGUUUGCCAGCACCAAAAACAUCAUAUGCAGCCACUGCAAGGGUAGUGGAGGAAAGGACAAGGCAAAGCCAGCUACCUGCGAACGUUGUAAGGGCAAUGGUGUCACAGUUGGGUUAAGACAAGUUGGACCAGGCCUUGUUACACAGGAAAGAAUGGUUUGCGACACCUGCACAGGAACCGGCAAGGUCUUUAAAGAGAAAGAUAGAUGUAAGAAGUGCAAAGGCAAGCGGACGACUUCGGAAAAGAAGGUUUUGGAGAUUUAUAUUCCACGAGGUGCUCGUGAAGGAGAACGGAUCACGUUAGAGGGUGAAGCAGACCAAGUGCCAGACCAGAUACCGGGCGACAUUGUCUUCACUUUAGUCGAAGACGACCACGAAGUUUUCCAACGAGCUGGCGACGACUUGUCUGCAGAAAUAGAGGUCACCCUUGCCGAGGCUUUGACUGGAUUUUCGAGGGUCGUUCUCAAGCACCUUGACGGCCGUGGUAUUCAUAUGGAACUUCCGCAAGGAAAGGUCCUUGAACCUGGGCAAGUGUUGAAGGUGGCAGGUGAAGGUAUGCCGCUCAAGAAGAGCGAUGCGAAGGGUGAUUUGUAUCUUGUUGCCAAGGUGAAGUUCCCAGAGAACGGAUGGACAUCAGACCCAGCAGCGUUCGCUAGUCUUCAGAAGGUGCUCCCUGCGCCAGACCCAAAGAUUGAGGCUUCAGAAGUUGAUGAGGUCGAGUAUGACUCUGACGCGGAUAUUGAAGAUUUCGGUGCUAAUUCUGGGGAUCCUCGUGCUGGUGGAGAGUGGGAAGAUGACGAGGGUGAAGGAGAAGGUGGUGCACAAUGUGCACAACAAAACGACGACAAGAUGGUUUCCGCUAAGAAGCAUGUUCCGAUCGUCAAGAAGCGCACGAAGCGUUUCCACAGACAUCAGAGCGAUACCUACAUGUGCGUCGACGCAUCAUGGAGAAAGCCAAAGGGUAUCGAUAACAGAGUCCGCCGACGAUUCAAGGGACAAAUGGUUAUGCCAUCGAUUGGUUUCGGAUCAAACAGAAAGACACGACACAUGAUGCCCUCCGGCCACAAGGCUUUCCUAGUCAGCAACGUUAGAGAUGUCGAACUCCUUCUCAUGCACAACAAGACCUUCGCUGCAGAGAUCAACCAUGCCGUAUCCUCAAGAAAGCGUAUCACAAUCAUCGAGCGUGCUAAGGAGCUUGGUGUCAAGGUUACAAACCCUAAGGCGAGGGUCACGACCGAGGUAUAA